AGCAAAAAUGAUUAAAAUUUACAUUUUUCUACAGGGCACUGAAGCAAUGAGUGAAUCAAACAGUACACCCACCACAACAGCUGCUGGUAGCAGUAGCGUGGUUGCAGACGGCGCUGCAAGCAACAGCAGCAUCAGCAACAGCAUAGGUUGUGCCAACAGCGACUUAGACCGACAAAUUGAGCAACUACGCAAGUGUGAGAUAAUUAAGGAGAAUGAAGUCAAAGCUUUGUGUGCUAAAGCUCGGGAAAUUUUGGUUGAAGAAAGCAAUGUGCAGCGUGUGGACAGUCCUGUCACAGUCUGCGGUGAUAUUCAUGGGCAAUUUUAUGACUUGAAAGAGCUCUUCAAGGUGGGAGGAGAUGUCCCGUACACAAAUUAUCUUUUUAUGGGGGAUUUUGUUGACAGAGGCUUCUACAGUGUUGAAACAUUCUUGUUGCUACUUGCUCUAAAGGUCAGGUAUCCUGAUCGUAUCACCCUUAUUCGAGGCAAUCAUGAGUCUCGUCAAAUUACGCAAGUUUAUGGUUUUUAUGAUGAGUGCCUGCGCAAGUAUGGCUCCAGCACAGUGUGGCGCUACUGCACGGAGAUCUUCGACUAUCUCAGCCUCUCCGCCAUUAUUGAUGGCAAAAUAUUCUGCGUACACGGAGGGCUCUCGCCAAGCAUCCAGUCGCUGGAUCAGAUUCGCACGAUUGACCGCAAGCUCGAGGUGCCCCACGACGGCCCCAUGUGCGACUUGCUCUGGUCUGAUCCUGAGGAUGCUCAAGGCUGGGGCGUGUCUCCUCGUGGCGCCGGCUACCUGUUUGGCAGCGAUGUAGUCGCUCAGUUCAACGAGACCAAUGGACUUGACAUGAUCUGUCGUGCUCAUCAGCUUGUCAUGGAGGGGUACAAGUGGCACUUCAACCACACUGUCCUCACCGUGUGGUCCGCUCCCAACUACUGCUACAGGUGUGGUAACAUAGCUGCCAUCUUGGAGCUGGACGAGAAUCUGACCAGGGAGUUCACCAUCUUUGAAGCUGCGCCUCAGGAGAGCCGAGGCCUACCUUGUAAAAAGCCUAAGGCUGGAUAUUUCCUCUAGGCCCCCAAAUCCUGUAAACCUUUCGGAAAUUGGGACAUUUUCUGCCUUUUUGUACAAAAUUUUGCCGAACGUUCUUUUUAAUUUGAAUCAAUGCCACUCCGUUGUUUUUUCAAUAUCGUAUUUAUUCGCGAGUUUUUAGCGUCAAAACCAGUCACUUACCUUCAGUGUUUGUUUUUGAAGAUCAUAUGUUACAGUAAUUUCUUGUGGGCUAAACUGUGUUGCCGUAAUUGCAUUUGCCCGAAAUUUUCCUUCGUGCCGCUGAUUUUAUAUGUUCAUUGUUGAGCUGACUCGUGAAACCAUGGGUCGCUCUUAAUAAUUCAUCUGGGCCUCUUAAAAUGUUUAAUGAUGACGAUGAAUGUGAUGAACAUUCACACUUUAUUAUUCUUCUUUCUUCGUGAUUAAAUGCAUGGGUUGAUUAUAUUCCUGAAGUUGGUAUUUUUAAAUCGCUAUUGUAAAUCCAAAGUCAUGUGGACUGUCCAAGUAACGCUCACAUCUGUUGCGUGUGUUAAAAACCGUCUGCUAUAAUCCUCAGUUAUUCAAUGAGCCCUUAUAUGAUGCUAACUUCGAACCUUACAAGGUACAAGAUAUUGAUUGCAGGAAAAAUAAGGAUAAACGACAUAAUUUUGCAUCGAAGUAUUAUCACAGUACAAGAAGAAUUUAUAACGCUUUAGUCGAUGCGAAGCUGAAUUAUGUCCCCACUUCAAGUGUUUCUAACGCGUCCUUCCUUGUUUUGAAUUUUACUUUUCUUAUUUUUAAGCCUGAUGCUGUUUAGUUUCCUGCAAAAUUAUAAAUCUAUUAUAAAGACUUUCCCUCCAUGAUUACGCCCUUGGGGAUUUGACUUUAGAAUUUUUCGCCCUCGGAGAGAGUGGAUAAAUAGGGUUCUCCCCUAAUUUUGUAUGAAAUUUGUUCGUUUGUUCUUGAUAUUAUCAAGCAUUGCUACCGUUUUUCCCCUGUGGAAUCUUACUCGUGUUCUUUUAUUUAUAUUCUGUAUAAUGCCCGGCCACGUGUUUUGCAUGCAGGUGCAGCCCCAGCCCUUUCUCACCCGAUUAUUUUGCAUGCAUAUAUAGCCUGGGCCCUUUCUCUCCCGAUUAUUUUGCAAGCAGAUAUGGCCUCGGCCACCGGCCCUUUCUCCCUAAUUAUUUUGCAUGCAGAUGCAGCCCUAGCAUCUAUCUUUCCCGAUUAUUUUACAUGCAGAUAUAGCCUGGGCCGUUUCUCUCCAAUUAUUUUGCAUGCAGGUUCGGCCCUAGCAUCUAUCUCUCUCUAAUUAUUUUGCAUGCAGAUCUAGCCUGGGCCCUUUCUCCCUAAUUAUUUUGCAUGCAGGUGCAGACCGAACAUUUUCUUUCCAAAUAUUUGUAUGCAGGAGCAGCCCUAAACUUUGACCUCCAUUAUACCUGUCUGAUUACCCGCUUGAUAUCAUCACAAUCACAAAGGCCGAGUUUGAAUUUGAGUUUAUCAAAUGAAUCCUAUUCCUAAAUCUGGUGCUCAUGCAGGCUUGCAAAAAGCCACUGUAUGUUUUAAUUGGCUAUUCCUAUGGUGAGCAUGAACGCUUGAGCGCAAGUUGCAAUUAUGGUAAAAACCGUUGUGUAGGUACUUCAUGUGAGCGCUUUAACUUUCUUUAACUGUAAUAUUAUCGAUUGAUAUUGGGCAACAGUAAUUUCAGAAAUGUAUGAGAACGAAGUGCAGUUUUUUAACAUCUAGAAUAUUGUUACCAGGCAGUAACUUGUCUAAACUAUUUAGAUGGGCUGACAGAACACUUUAGGAUGUCUGGGUGUUUCUGUCACAGUGUCCUACGGGUUUGAUAUCUCUGCAAGGUAGCACAUGGUGCAUUAGGUGAUCACAGGGGACGGGGCAGCGUUCGUCUAACAUGGGUUAGGGCAGAGCCAUAUUAUUUUUGGGAAAAUAAAUAUAAACAAAAGAUGUA